ACCAAACGCACCGUUUUAUCACUUUUUUUAAGGGGGAGAAUAGAAGUACCCGGAGAUUGGAGUUGCAGACGAUAGAAGUGCCGAAGUCGACAACUCCACCAUGGAUCCGUCGCAGACGCAGACCUCAUCUUUGCAGCGACUUCAAGAUGUGGAAAAGAAAAUAGUUAGGGUUUUGGAGCUGGCAGGAGGAGUGAUGGAUGAGCUGGCCAGUCCCACAGGUCCUCGAAAAGAAUUCAUCAACAACCAUUGCAGUGAGUUCAUGCAUAUGAUCAAGGGCAUCCAGUCUACUCUGCGCGAUGAAAUCAAGAGUGCAUGCGAGUACCGUCCAUUUGAGAAGUGUGAUUACAGUUGUAGAAUUUCCAAUGAAAUCUGUUCUAAGAAAUUGGAGCAUGUGCUUGCGCAAUUGGAUGCCAUGAAACAAGCAAUUGAUCAAUAUCAUGAUGCCAUUUGAAGAAGUAGAAGGAGAUGCAAUUGUUUUUACAAAUUUCAGCAGGUAAUUUGACUCUGUGGAGCUGACUAUUUUUGAUCCAGAACCUUCUUUUUGGAGAUUGCUCGAGGUCAUUGGAUCCCGAAUUUUGAUAUAAGAUCAUCAUCUAUCUUUCUUUUUGGACUUCGUCUAAAAGUAACCUCUUGCUCAAUUUUUCUUACGCUGUGUUUGUUCCAUUACAAUAUUAAAUUAAAUUUCAUAUUUUGUAUAUUUAGUUUGAAUUCAAUUCUAGAACUCGAAUGAAUUUCAAUUAUGAAAUGAUGCAAAACAUGAUUAUGUGGGAUUCAACUGAAUUUUAAAUUUUAAGUUAUAUUAUAUC